AUGCAAAGAUCAAUAGGUUAUAUAAAGAAUCGAACAAAAGAAUUUCAAUUAAAGAAAUAGAAAUACAAAUCACCAGAUCUUAAUAGUAAUAGAAGAAUAUAUUAGUUACCUCCUAAAUGGGUUGAUAAAAUGGAAGAAACUAGAGAUACUAUAUAGAAAGUUGGAAUUUUAAAUUAAGAAAUAGAAAAUUUGAAAUAUUCAAAACAAGUAGGACCUAAAGCUUAAUUUAAUGAAUAAAUUAUAUAAGGAAAACUUGAUUAAGCAUUACAGGUUAAAAUCUGAGUAUAGUAGAUGAUUAGAGAUAUUGAAGAGAAUUUAUAAAUUAUGGAAAAUGAUGAUUGUGAAAAUGAUCUUGAAUAUAAAAUAAAAUAAAAUGCAAAAAUGUGUUUAGGAAUCUCAUUAAAAGAAGUUACUCCAUAAUUAAGGAAUUAUUAAAAUUAAAUGAUCUAAUAAGUACAAUUAGAAAGACCUACUUAAAACUUUAAAAUUGAUUUUGAAUAAGAAUAUUUUGAUACUUUAAUUUUAGAUAGAAAUGAUAGAAUUAAAUCUUUAGGUGAAAAAUUAACAAAAAUGAAUGAAUUAUUUAAAGAAAUGAAUAGAUUAGUAAUUGAAUAAGGUACUUUAUUAGAUAGAAUUGAUUUCAAUAUAGAUUAAACUUUUACAAGAAUUAAAAAAGGAAAAUAAUAAUUAAUCUAAGCAAAUACAAAAUAAGAAACUAGUGAUAGAGCUUAAAAAUGUAUUUGUGUUUUAGUUGGAUUAAAUAUUUUUAUAGCAUUUUUAUUUGUAAUUAAACAUACAUUAUUAUGA